UACAUUCGCUCUGUUUUCAGUUUCGUUUCUUAGGCACACAAGCUGACCGAGAAAGGCUUAUUUAAAGAGCCGAACAGAUGAUUCCUCUUCACAACACAGCACAGUUCGUCCACUGACAGGUCUGUGAAACGAUGGAGGAGAUCUCGCUGAGGCCGUACCAACGUGAGGUGGUCCAGGCGGCUCUGAGAAAGGAGAACAGCAUCAUCUGGCUUCCUACAGGUGGAGGAAAGACCAGAGCUGCUGUCUACGUGGCCAAAAGGCACCUGGAGACUCAUCCCGAUGCUAAAGUGGCUGUUCUUGUCAACAAGGUGCACCUGGUGGAUCAACACUUUCAGAAAGAGUUUCGGCCUUACCUGGGUAGCUCCGUGAAGAUGGUGCAGAUCAGCGGGGACAGUAGCGAGAAGGAUUUUUUCGGUUGCGUGGUCAGAGACUCGAGCCUGGUCAUCUGUACAGCUCAGAUCCUGGAGAAUGCUUUAAUAAACACAGAGGAGAAUAAGCAUGUGGAGCUCACAGACUUCACACUGCUGAUCAUCGACGAGUGCCAUCACACUCAUAAGGACGGAGUGUAUAAUAAAAUCAUGGCACGCUAUGUGGAGAAAAAGCUUAAAGGGGUGAGAGAUCUACCUCAGAUCCUGGGUCUUACAGCUUCACCGGGUACCGGAGGAGCCAGAAAUCUGAAGGGUGCCAUCGAACACGUCCUGGAGAUCUGUGCAAACCUGGACUCUGUUAUCGUGUCAGCUGAAACUAAUAUGCCAGCGCUUAAAGAGGCAGUUCCCAGACCUACAAAGAACUAUGACAUUGUGGAUGCGAGACUUUGUGACCCAUUUGCUCAUCAUCUGAAGAUGAUGAUGAAGCUGAUUCACGAGUUUAUGAUGUUAGACCCAAAGUUCACUCUGCGGGAGAUGGGCACCCAGGAGUAUGAAGCUGACGUGGUAGCGCUGGAAAAGAAAGGUUCACAGGAGAAGAACAGGUUAUUGGCCAAGUGUGCAAUCCACCUGCGGAAAUUCAACGACGCUCUGCUCAUUAACGACACUGUACGCAUGGUGGACGCUCUGAGGCUUCUAGAGGACUUUUAUGAAACCCAGAACAGAAACGUGCUGGACUUCACUGAUGAGUAUCUCACAGCACUCUUUACUGAGAAUAGAGUGGAGCUAAAGGAACUUGCGUCCAAAGAGAUCAAUGAGAAUCCCAAACUGGAACGACUGCAGCGCACCCUACUGGACCAGUUCCAAGACAAGAACUCACGUGGUAUCAUUUUUGCUAAAACCCGUGAGAUCACACGCUGCCUGUACGACUGGGUGCGUACGAACCCGCAGCUACGGUGCGCUAAGAUCCGUGCUGCUAACCUGGUCGGCGCUGGAACCGGAGCCACCCACAUGACACAGAGAGAGCAAAAAGACACCAUUCAGACAUUUCGAGACGGAGACCUCAACCUCCUCAUCUCCACCAGCGUGGCCGAGGAAGGCCUCGACAUCCCAGAAUGUAACGUGGUGAUCCGAUACGGGCUUCUGACCAAUGAGAUCGCACAGCAACAGGCCAGUGGGCGGGCCAGAGCCAAAGACAGCGUCUAUUCAGUUGUGGCACAAGCAGGUGGGCGAGAGAUGCGUAGAGAGAAAACCAACGAGUAUCUGGAGGAGUUAACUAGCCAGGCCAUCGCUCACGUGCAGCGCAUGCCGCACAGGGAAUUUCGCAAAAAGAUAUCCGAGCUGCAGCAGGAAGCACUGAUGGCUCGCAUCCUGGAAGCCAAACAGAGCGAGCAGAGAAGGAAGCGCUAUGAUCCUGCUGAGGUGACGUUGGACUGCCGUGGCUGCUACAAACGUGUCGUCCGUGGAAGCGACAUGAGACUCGUGAACGACACGCAGCACGUCAACGUCAACCCCGAUUUCGAGAGGUUGUACAAGGUGGGAGGUCAGGUUUAUCUGGAACGGACAUUCGAAGACUGGGAGCCGGGUCGAACCAUCAGCUGUGCUACAUGUGGACAGGCUUGGGGGAUGGAGGUGAAGUUAAAGAACGUGGUGUUACCGUGUCUAAGAAUAGACGGCUUUGUGAUGACGACACCUCAGAAAAGCAGCCCAGUUAAACAAUGGAAGAAAGUAGAGUUCAAGGUGGAGGAGUUUGACUUUGUUCAGUAUGUGAAAAAGCGCUACCCCGACCUGUUGGAUGACUGAGCGUCUUUAUUCGGACCGGCACCUUCUCAGGGAUAACAGGAUUUGUGCACACAGCUGUAGUUGUUGCACACUGAACACGCACCACUCUUCAUUUUGGCCAUCAGGUGGCGCCAUAACGCAACAUUUCACACCAAGGUUUUCACAAUUUCAUUCCUUAUACUUGUUCCAUCUCAAACAGCUACGUCUGCACUAAACGGGUUGCAUGUUUUCACAGGAGAGAUAUUUAGUCUAGUAGCAUGUGCAUUGACACGCAGCUCGUGUCUCUGGGGAGCGAUUAUGCUAAUGUGCUUGAUGCACAGUUGCCUGAUUAAUUCAAAUUCAUGCUGAUAAAUGUGCAUUAAAAUGCGUCACAUCAUGGAAAGCUCAUGGUUUGCAACCUUGCAACUUUCUUUAAGACACACUGGAUAGUCCAGAACGACCUCUGACACUUUGACUUUUAAAAGAAGCUGCUGUAGACCUUUUUGUGGAUUUUGUAAUUUUCUUAUCUGCUUUUACUGUAACUUUUACUUUACACACCUUCAGAAUAAAGAAUGAUGACUGUUAA